ACUCUUUGUCUCAGCGCCCUCUUUCAAGUCGGACGUAUUUUGAAUCUGCACUAAAGAUGGCGACGCUCAGUAAACGAUCAUGCCUGAAGUUUCUCCUACAUCUUGCCCAAGAUAAUCUGGAUUUCAGAUUACCGGAGAUCAAGGCUUUACUGGCUGUCAGAGGAAAACCAUUCCAUCCUGAUGAAAACUUCAAAGAAAAGUCUCCUUUCUGGUGUCUGGAUGGCUUGUGUGAGGAUGAUGUUCGUGCCAUCAUGGCCAGAUCAGUUUGUGCAAAGUCUGCCUUUGAAUUAUGGGGCCACGGAGAGACACACAGUGAUCUCCAAACGUCUCUCCUAAACUAUCCAUUAGAGAAUAUGUCACCAUUCAUGCGCAAGGACUCCACAUACAGAAUCAAUGUCUACACCUUCAACAAGACCCUGGAGUUUACUGACAGAAUCAAAAGGAUUGAUGCUUUGGAGUAUCUUCCAUUUGAGGGCACAGUGAGUCUGAAGAGUGCACAGCACAUUUUCUGUUUACUGGAGGAUUACGGCACUGACCCCAACAACAUCCCAGACAAUCCAUACUACGUCUACUUUGGUCGAUGGAUAGCGGACGGUCAGCGUGAGUUGAUCCGCUCCCACAGUGUGAAGAACAGACACUUCAUUGGAAACACCAGCAUGGAUGCUGGCCUGUCAUUUAUCAUGGCAAACCAUGCUAAGGUCAAAGAGAAUGACGUUGUUUUUGACCCAUUUGUAGGCACAGGGAGCCUUUUGGUUGCAUGUUCUCAUUUUGGAGCCUAUGUCUGUGGAAUAGAUAUUGAUUACAACACUAUCCAUGGCAGAGGUCGGUCAAGCCGUAAAAACCAGAAGUGGCGAGGACCUGAUGAGAAUAUCCGAGCCAACCUCCGUCAAUAUGGAACAGAGAAGAUGUAUUUGGAUGUCAUGGUGUCUGAUGCGUCCAAGUCUGUGUGGAGAAACGCUGCUCUGUUUGAUGCCAUCAUUACUGAUCCUCCAUAUGGUAUCCGUGAGUCCACAAGGCGGACAGGUUCUCACAAAGACAUCCCCAGACCCCCUGAUGCCAUCUAUCUAGAGUCUCACGUCCCUGUCUCACUGGCGUACCACCUUAAUGACAUCUUCACAGAUCUGUUAAACUUCUCUGCCCAUCACCUGGUCAUGGGCGGGAGGCUCGUAUAUUGGCUGCCGGUCUACAGGCCAGAAUACAGUGAGGAGGAGAUGGUCCCUCUUCAUCCGUGUCUACAGCUCGUCAGCAACUGUGAACAGACACUCUCCAGCCACACGGCACGACGCCUGAUCACCAUGGAGAAGAUCAAGGAGCCACAGGAGUUUGACAGCCUGGCUCAUCUGACAGACUCACGCCUCAGGCCCUACCAGGGACACAAUGCCUUCAGAGAGAAGUAUUUUAGUGGACUUAAUAAGAGAUGUGGCAAAGAGGACAACAAAUCUGAUGUUAAUGGAGAAUAAUUUCAUACUUCAUGAAUAACAUCAGAGGAAAUGAACCACACACAAGAAUCAUGACAUGGCUGGUAAUGGAUUCAAGAGGGAAACAAGUGUAACUCAUUAGGUUUUAUUAAUUAUCCUUUUCUUUUUUUUUUCUUUUUUAAAACUUUUCCUACUAUUUUAACUAAAAUUGUUUUACGCUUUGUACCUAUUUCUGUGCAAAUAAACAGAUUCAAUCUGUCAAAAGUA